UGAAAAUAAUUUUUAAUCUCCGGAAGAUGGUAGGGAAAAAGUACUAUUACAGCUUAUCCUGUCCCUCUCUCUCUCUCUCAAAAGCCAUGAAGGCCGCCACCAGUAGCCUACUCGCCUCCUCUCUACUCCUCCACCCCAUCAAAUCUCCAAACCACCAUUCCACAAUCACCACCACCGCCACCGCCACGAAAAUCCUACCCCCAUCCCUUAUUUGCAGAGCAGAAAACAAACCCACCACCAAUCCCCGCAAGAAACCCACCAUGGAUGGCCCAACCAGACCAACUCGCGGCAGAAACCCUAGAAAACCAUCGUACGGCACGUCGAGGCGGUCCGCUCUGAAGAAGACCUUCAGCCAAGAACAGGUGACCUUCACCGGUCCACUCUCCGACGACCCCGUGGUUGGGAUAAUUGGCGGAGGGAUGUCUGGCCUGGUUUGUGCUCUCAGUUUGGAGGAGAGAGGGGUUCGGUCCACGGUGUUUGACACGGGGCUUCAUGGAUUGGGAGGAAGAAUGGGCACUAGAUUAAUUGAUCCACAGCCUCUAAUAUUUGACCACGCAGCUCAGUUCUUUACCGUCAGUGAUCAGCGAUUUUCUAAGUUGGUUGAUGGAUGGUUGGAGAAAGGUCUGGUUAGGCAGUGGCAGGGUACUAUUGGAGAGCUUGAAGUGGGUGGUCAGUUUGUUCCACUUCCUUCUUCCCCUCCAAGGUAUAUAGGUGUAAAUGGGAUGCGCCCCCUUGCAGAUUCAAUACUGUCCCAGACUUCUAUGGUUGACGUAGUGCGACCUUCCUGGAUAAGUAAACUGGAGCCUUUUAACGGGAUGUGGCACUUGAGUGAGAAUGGGAAACCUUCGGGGCAGUUUGAUGCCAUUGUCAUUGCACAUAAUGGAAAAUGUGCAAAUCGAUUGCUUUCUUCAUCAGGCUUACCACUGAUUGCAAGACAGAUGAAGAGGCUGGAACUGAGUUCUAUAUGGGCUCUUCUUGCUGCGUUUGAGGAUCCUCUUCCUAUCCCUCCCAAUGCACUUACAUUUCCUUUUGAAGGAGCUUUUGUAAAAGGAGUUGAUUCUCUCUCUUGGAUGGCAAACAACACAAAAAAACUUUCGUGUUCUCCCAACACUGGCCCGGACUGCUGGACCUUUUUCAGCACUGCAGCUUUUGGGAAGAGGAAUAAGGUUCCACAGGAGAGUAUUCCAGCAGUCACAGCAGAUAAGGUGAAGGCGGCAAUGCUUGAGGGUGUUGAGAGUGCACUAGGACUAUCAAAAGGCUCACUUAAGAGACCCUUUUAUAGCCGAGUUCAAUUAUGGGGUGCUGCUCUUCCUACAAACACUCCAGGUAUCCCCUGCAUCUUUGAUCCUCAUGGAAGGGCUGGCAUAUGUGGUGAUUGGCUGUUGGGUUCAAGUUUAGAGGCAGCAACCUUAAGUGGCAUAGCUCUUGCUAAUCAUAUCGCUGAUUACUUCCAAAGUGGUGGAACUCGUCCGGGUGAGUUUGCUGUUGGUUUGCACAAUGAAUUUCAACCGCUUGCUGGACAUGACAUUGGACAGUUUCCCGGCCUAGAGUUGAAAGAACAAACAGUUGAAGCUCAGGCAAUUCAACUUAGCACUUGAAUUAUGUCUGAUCCACUGCGUUCUGCUUAGUUGCUCUCAUGCUAGCUUUUUGUUUGAUAUUCUAGCAUGAUCAGAUGAUUGGAGAAGUUUUAGGCACGUACAGUUCUCACAACAGUUGCAAAGGCUACCCUGAGGACCAGGCUGUGAAACUGAAGUCAUCCAAACAGAUUUCUAAUCGUAAGUGCGUUUUUUAUAUGGGUAAUUCAUGCCAGAAAAAUGGGAGAGUUGUGCCUUAUGGUCUCGUUUGUUUGACCGGAUAUGAGAUUGAAUAUACAGCCAAGGGAGCUAAAUAUCCGGUGUUCUGUUAAAAUUCGUACGGUCCGAAUUGAAUAUACAAGGACAUAAAAUCCCAUGGAGUAUUAUUAGUUGGACAUAUAAUUAGGUAUCGUAUAGGGAUUAUUAUGUAUCCGUUCACUAGGCCGAUUAGAGAAAGUAUAUCCAUUAGCUAUUACUAGCACGGUGAAAGAAAUGGGUACGAUGUGUCCUCAUAUUGAAUUGGCAUACUUUUACUCCUUCAAAAAGUAAAACUGUUUUGAGGUUUCCGGAUAAAACUACUGGAUUU